AUGACGGAUUGGGGUCGGGGAAGCUGCGGUGGCCCGGCGGCGAUGCGGACGACGGCGUGGGUAGGCGUUGGGGAGGUACGGGAGGAGGUGCUGGAACUGGGCGGUGGCGGGGACGGGCUGGGAGCAAGGCGAGGGCUAGCUGCCGGCACAGUCGGCGGGGAUGAAGAACAACCAACGUGUCACCGACUGGCGGGCCAGGGGGUGGAGUACGCGCUUGUUGCCCGCGUCCAUUUUGUCUCCGUGCCAAUCGAAACGAGGCUCAAAAUUGAAUCGGAAAUGGUGGAACGAGUAUAUGGGCGUGGAAGUUAUACACGUCCAUCCACGAGGCUACUCCUCGUGGAAAUAAACACGAGCCAGCCACGCUCGUGCAUGGAAACGAGCUGCUCCAGCGAUCCUCCCGCCUCCGUCCAGAGGCCAUCGAAGCUCGCCGGCGACCACUCCCCUCUGAUGAAUGAUGACCAAACCUUCUUGGACAUCAUUGAUUUUGGUUACACAGAAACACAACUAGAAAGUUCAAUUGGAGAGCAACCAACCCCAUCAACUCAGCAUCAAGCAACACCAAUAACAGAGAAAGCAAAAUCCAACAAAGGAAAAAAUUGGUCUAGUGAGGAGGACAAGAUUUUGAUAGCAGCAUGGGGAAAUACAAGUUUGGAUAGUGUCGGGACAGAUCAAAACAGAGAUGCUUAUUGGGCUAGAAUUUCAGAGUACUACAACUCACACAAGAUGUUAUCAUGGCCGGAGCGUAAUGCUAAUGCAAUCAAUUGCCGUUACACAUUGAUUAACAAAGAGACCGCUAGAUUUUGUGGUUGCCUUCAGCAGAUUUUAAAUAGAGAAGAAAGCGGAAGGACUAUAGAAGAAAAGACAAACGAUGCACACAUUAUGUUCAAGGAAAUGGAUCUUAAAAAGAAGAAGCCUUUCACAUUGAUGCAUUGCUAUGUCGAGCUUUCGAAGUAUCCAAAGUGGCAGACAAAAGAACUUGAAACUUCUCGUAAGAAACAAAAGAAGACCGUUGGUGCAAGUCCGGGCACAUCCACCAAUGAUCUAGUUGAUGCAUCCUCGGUACGCACUGAUGCUACCUCAAUACACAGGGAUGCUUUUGAACAUGAGGAAAGACCUGAUGGUGUGAAGAAGGACAAAUUGCGGAAAGGUAAAGCUGAUGACAGUGCUUGCAAGUUGUCAUUAGAAACUGUGUGGGCAGCAAAGCAAGAGAAGGAUGACAUCAAAGAGGCGGCAAAAAAUGCUCGCUAUGCACAACAAUUUGAAUUGCGAAAAGAGGAGAUUGCACUGAAAAAGAAGGAGGAUGCACGAAACGAGAGGGAGGAUGCACGGAGACAGUUUGAAUUAGAUGAGAGGGUCAUGCUCAUAGACACUAGUGGUAUGACUGAUAUGCAAAAGCAGUUCUACCAAGCUAAGCAGAAUGAGAUCCUUGCUCGUCGCCUAGAGUAAGAACUAUUUGAUGCUUUAUCCUAGUUGUUGUAAGAACUAUUUGAUGCUUUAUCCUAGUUGUAAGAACUAUUUGAUGCUUUA